AUGGCUGAACGUAAAGUCCUCAACAAGUACUUCCCCCCAGACUUCGACCCGGCCCUCAUCCCGCGCCGCAAGCAACCCAAAGAUCUCCAACACAAAGUCCGUCUCAUGACCCCAUUCUCCAUGCGAUGCAACACCUGCGGUGAAUACAUCUACAAGGGCAAGAAAUUCAACGCCCGCAAGGAGACCACCGAGGAGACCUACCACAGCAUCAAGAUCUUUCGCUUCUAUAUCCGUUGUAACCGCUGUGCAGCCGAGAUCACAUUCAAGACCGACCCCGCCAACUCGGACUAUGUGGCCGAAAUUGGUGCUCAACGCAACUUUGAGCCCUGGAGAGGGGAUGAUUCUGCGAGCGUGGAAAAGGAAGAGGAGGAAGAGAAUAAUCCAAUGAAGGCGCUUGAGAACAGGACUCAGGAUUCCAAGCGUGAGAUGGAGAUCAUGGACGCAUUGGACGAGAUCAGGACUCGGAAUGCGGUGAAUGAACGAGUUGAUGCCGAUACGCUCUUGAACCGGAUCGUGGGAACUGAGGAAGAUAUUGCGCUCAAACAACAACAACUCGAGGACGAGGAGGAUGACCGGUUAGCCAAGGCCUUUUUCAAGGAUGCGGAUGGGGAGACCGUCAAGAGACUGCGCGAUGAUCUCGAAGGGUUGGAUGACGAGCCCGAUGCUGCCAAAAUUGCAAUGGCAAAGUUCUCGCAGCCUCUGACCCUCCCGGACUUUAGCACGCCCUUGGCCAAGAAGCGCAAGCAAGGUGGAUCAUUGGGAUUGGUCAAGAGCACAACAGCAGCAGCACCAAUACCGUCAACGUCUACAUCCAAAGCAACGCCUUCUUCGUCUGCAGCGGCAUCGACUUCUUCGUCUUCAGCUUCAAAACCAGUGGCCAAACCCGCGUCGUUGAUGUCACUCGUUGGAUCCUAUGGGUCUGACUCUGACUCUGACUCGGAAUAA